AUGCAAACCUCUCUCGAUCUUAAAAUGAAUAGUGUUAUUCAGAACGUUCGAUCAAAAACUGCCGAUAAUUUUAAGGUAUAUCGAAAAUGUGUUAAUGGUAUUACAAGUAAGGGAUCCUACCAUUGUUGGUAG